GGAGACCACAACUUCCCCUUGGGGUUUUUAAGAGAAGACAAAAGCGGAACAUAUUCUCUAGAAGUCAAAAGUAAGAAAAAAAGGCUUUGUUUCAUUUCAGGCUCGUCCUUGCCCAGUCUGGUUAAGGCAGUCUGUUGAUUUGCAGGUGAAGAUACAUUAAAGUUGACACUCUUGGUCGUAAUGAUGGCGGGCAGUCGGCUGACUCUCUCAGCCUUAGUGCUGUGGAUGCAUUUCUGCAGUGUUGCGGCGCUGACGGAGCCUGAGGUGUGCUACCUUCUGGACGGCAUCCUGUUCUUCUACGGGAUCAUCCUGACCGUGCUCUAUUUCAGAAUCAGGCGUCAACAGAUGAGUCGUUCGAAGGCUCAAACUCCUCCAAUAAAGGGGAAGAAGCCAGCGGAAGAAGGAGUAUACACGGGCCUGGCAUCUCACACUCAGGACACAUAUGAGACGGUCGGCAUGAAGAAGAAUCCAAACAUGUGAGCCAGUCGGUUUCAGCUCCGUCGGUUUGUGAGGCUGACAACCAAUGUAUAAACUAUAUUAUCUAGUCAUUCUAACAACAUUCAUCUAUCAACUGUAUUAUGCAGACAUUCUAACACAAACGUAUAAACUAUAUCAUCCAUCGAGUCAUCUUUGUAUAUUAUCCACAGCCAACUAUAUUAUCCACAGCCAUUCAAGCAACAUUCAUUCAUGAACUAUAUUAUCUAGUCAUUCUAACAACAUGAAUGCAUGAACUAUAUUAUCCAUAGUCAUUCUGUGUAUAAUCUAUAUUAUCCAUAGUCAUUUUAAAAACAUUAAUGUAUGAACUAUAUUAUCCAUAGUCAUACUAGCGACAUUAAUUUAUCAACUUUAUUAUCCAUACUCAUUCGAACAACAUUAAUGUGUUAUAUUAUGCUUGCUUCUUCAUUCUUCUGUGUGGAAAUGUGUCUAGGCGGAAAUAAGAAGCGGUAAAACACCUGAUGCUCUCCUUCGAAUCCUUUGCAAAUAUUUAUGCAAAACAGGGCAGGCAAAGUUGAGACUGUAGUGCCUUUGUUUGUGUACAACAACACAUGUGUUGUCGCAUGCGUUGCGUGUGCGUGCGCCUGGCCACACAUAGACACAUGGAAAUAAUAACAUGUGAGCCGACACAACAGAAGGGAGACAUAGACGGGCUUUCUGCACGAUGUGCGAUACACCAGGGGUCUGUUGAGGAGGUGAUGAUCUGGUGGUCGGGGUGGUGGGAUGUCAACCGACAGAAAGGUGUCUGGGUUCCAUCUUCAACGUUCUUCCAUCUGCCUUUUGAUAUGUUCACACCUUCUCGAGUUCUACAAGAUAAAUGUUACACAGUUGGCGUAAAUGUUUUUAACGCCAGCUGUUUCAAUGUUUUUGCUGUUGGUGAAUAUUUUCCAUGUUAUUUUUUUCUUUCUUUCUUUGGGCUGUGGCCAGAUGAUACUUUUAAAAUUGUCAUACCUUUUGUCUCAAAUCAAAUAUGUAUUGUACAUAGAAUAUGGAAGUGGGCUAACCUGUUUCCUCUAUAUUUCUUCAACUCAUCAUGUAUCAGCAUCACACGUGUUUGUUAUUGCUUUAAAAACUAGUGCAAUAUAUUUCAUGUCGUUGUCAUUAAAGAUAUAAAGGAGAUAUACAUUUGUGUGUUUGUGGGAGCUGUGUCAAUCCUCUGGUGGGGGCGCAAUGGAAACCAGCCUCUCAACCUUCCCCGCAUAGUCUGACCUCACUUCCUGUUUGCGUGCCUGCGUCUGAUGUACACACCAGUGGGUCUAUGUGUGUGUGUUGACACCUGAGGGUGAGAACGGGCUUGCUUCAGGGUUAUUUCUAGAGCAGAUGCCACAGGAAGUCCCAUGUGUUUGGAUGGGCUCCGAAACACUGCUUCUGCAUGUCCAUUUCACCCUCCCAAACUGCUCACUUAUCUAAAUCUAACGUCUAACGUCUAACGCCUUCAAACUCAAUUUGAAUACAAUUUACACUGAAAUGUGAAACUAUCCUUACACUCUGACACUCACUCGUUGAAACCUGAUGACCCACCCAAACUGAACAACCUUUCUUGAACCAAAUAUCAAGCUCUUUCUCAAAGUGAAUAUCUAAAUAGCUGAAAUGAAAUGAGCUAUCUGACCCCCUGAAACCCUUAGUGCUGUGACCACUCCACGUGAUCCUACAUUAAACUGAAAUGUGUUGCCUCA